CCAGUAGUGUACAGAUUCCUAUCAGUCCGGGUCGUGAUUUACUCGAGGAACGUUCUUGAGCGUGCGCGUGCGAAUAUCGCCUAGAGUUGGUCGGUUGGAAAAGGAGUUGGAAGUGUCGAAAUGGAUGAAAAGCAAAAAGUUCAUAUCCAGUGGACAAACGCUGAAUGCAACAUCAGGGAUACACAUAAACUAAUUUAAAUUAAAUACGCGUAUUUCGACCUCAACUGUAAGGCCGUCUUCAGUGUCGUGUACUAGACUCGACUUAAAUUUAAAUUGACUAUCGCCCGGUGAUGUUCUGUGGGGGCUGUGAGCUUGCUAGUGACAAUAGUUGAAUGUUUUUUUUCUGAACAAGCAACGUCGUCUAGCUGUUGGAAGGGAUAUAAAUAAAACGAGUGUCGUAUUCAGAAUUAGAAAACAGGGAUGAUUGUGGCGCUGUAGUGUCAGUUCAUUGUCUAUCAUGUUGAUCCUUCAGUUGCAAACGUGAAUUGCGAUUCUUCCCAAGUGCGACGUCAAUGGGAAAUGCAAUGAAUAACGGAUGUUCUGUUCUUUCAAGAGUGAGAAAUUUCGAAGAAUCAAGUGAACGUCGUUCUAAUGAAUAAUCCCUCGCGAGCACAACAGUGUUUUAACGAGUCAGUGGCCACCAUUGUAGUCGUGUCAUCGCUUGACGAAUAAAUGCAUUUCAAAAAGCUGAAGAAAAGUGUUGUCAGUGCCACGAGCAGAAAGCAGCAGACGAAAAAGGUUGUUCACAAAAAUCGAUACAGUACUUUCAACAACAGUGAUGAAAAUUUCCCCCAAUCUUCUCUACGAGCGGCCCAGAAGAAAGUGGUCCUACAGCAAUCCAGUAAUCAGCAGCUGAGCGCGAAACAAAUGACGCCCUACAUCGAGAUCGAAUUCCGUGACGCGCCGAAGAAACGUAUCAAGCGGAACCUGUCGCUGGACUGCGACGAAAACGACAACGAAACGCGCUGCUGCCGGUACCCGCUGACGGUGGACUUUGAGAAGUUUGGCUGGGAUUGGAUCAUCGCUCCGAAACGCUACGAGGCUUCCUACUGUGCCGGCGAGUGCAUGCUGAGCUUCCUGCCCAAGUACGAGCACACCCACGUGAUGCAGUUGAGCACCUCGGCCAUUCCGUGCUGUUCGCCGAAGAAGAUGAGCCCCAUCAAGCUGCUGUACUUCGACCUGAGCUAUCGCGUCAUCUACAGCACCAUUCCGAACAUGAUCGUCGAAAAGUGUAGUUGUUCCUAAAAAAGGGGGUGGAGCGAGGCGUGACUCAGGUCUGAUGGAAUGUGAGGGUGCGACAUGACAGUUGACCAUCGGAUUGAGGAAGUGAGAUUUUUUUUAUUUGUUUGAACAAGUAUAAGAAACAACAUUACAAACUAAGAGCAACAAUUUAUGAGUCUGAUUUGGGAUCUUUUAAUCGAAAAAAACGGAAAAUUUUAAUUGAUCACAUAGCUUAUAGACGAAAUGUGUAACUUCAAAUUAUCCAAAACAAAGACGACGGGUGAUACGCGAAAUUUAGUUUUCUAACGGAUGGAAACCAUCUAGUGGCAUUUAGGCUGACUCGACUUAAAAAUCAUAUCUCGGUUGCAUGCUUCUAGAAACUGCUUUCAUCAUUAUUAAUCUAGUUCAUUCGUAAGGUUUGAUAUGAUCCCCGUAUGUGGAAGUGGCAAUACUUGUGAUAUUCGUUCUCUUUCUAAAACAAAAUCGAUAAAUGCAAAAAUGACCCGAUCUUAACCUCAUGACACAAAUUCUGCAAACUCUUGACUAAAGCAAACAAUAGCAAAGGUGUUACAUUAUAAUUAGAGGAAAAGCAAAACUUGUAACUCUGUAAGGAGAUAAUCAACGUAGAGAGCACAACAAUAUACAAAUCGAUCAGUAAAGUUGCGUGGAUUUAGAGAAACCCCGACAACCCAACAUGUUAGGUAUUAACGCAUUAUUGUUAACGCGGCGAUAUGAUGCAAAAAUUUGGAAUCUGUGUGUUCAAAAUUGUACAUAAUGAACAGGUUUAAUGAAACAUCACGCUAUUAUUAAUAUUAUUAUAAAUUAUCAGGCAACAGAACAAUAACAGAGAUAGUCACUAGCAGUAGACGGACCUAGCUAAAUAAAGUAUCUAAUACACA